UUCUUCUCCUUGCUUCGUUGUCCAUUCAGUAAGUGCUUAGCCGAUUCGGGAGAAGUGGGUGGUCUCUGCGCCAUGGCAUCUCGUUCCUCUUUCCGGCGGCGAUCAGAUGGGCAACUCACCUCUCUCUCCGAAUUCCCUCGUUGAAUGAGGCCUGAGGGCAAACUAUUUCCUCCGCCGAUCGACCCGUCAACGACGAAGAGACAGAAGCAGACCGCAGACUUUGAGAUCGGCGAUUUGCCCAACAACUCCUCUGGGUUCGAAGCUUCUGGUCACCGUACUAAACAGCAGCAAGCUUCUCUAUCUGUCGUUCUGUUCUUCCACCUCACAUAUGAAAUUCCUCUAGUAAUUGUUCACAAAACUCCACUACUGUUGGAUACUGUAGUACUGCAGGGGGAGUUUAGAUGGGUCCAAAUGGAUGUAGGCAUUAGCGAUGAGAGCUUGUCUCCUCCACGUGCCAAGUGGAGGAAGGUGGCAUAUGGAGGAAUGCAACCUGGAUUCGAUGACAAUCACACCGAUGAGUCGUUUCUCGAAGAUAUGGUGAUGAAUGCCAAUGUCGUGAAAAGGGACAUAGCGAAGGUGAUCUUGGACUCUGUUUCCAUCUCUCAGUACCUCUGCAUUGUUUCACUUGUCAUCUUGGUAUGGACCCACAGCCUCCAAUCUACCCUGGACGAGUAUUCCCUGCUGCUUCUCGAUGUCUGUCUUCUGGCUUCAGGCUUCGUCAUUCUGCUACUAACCAGAGAAAUGUCUUCGCUCCGUCUGUUCUUCCACUAUCUCCUCAACAUUGCGUUCUUCACUACGGGAUUAUAUGUGCUGUCGCCUAUAUACAACACCCUGACUAGGUCGAUAAGCUCGGACACGAUCCUGGCAGUGACAGUUUCACUUAUUAUUCUCCAUCUCUUCCUCCAUGACUAUUCAGGAUGUCCCAUAGGGGUUCCAGGAGGAGCCUUAUUCACAGCUCCAAGCUUGACCAGUUGUGUGAGCUUAAAUGCUUCUGUGGUUGCUUCAGUAUUUAUUGCCUCCCGACUUCCGUCAAGGCUUCACGUGUUUGCUGUCAUGCUGUUCUCUAUGCAAGUCUUCCUGUUUGCCCCAUUCGUCACUUACUGCAUCAAGAAGUGUUCUUUCACACUUCACCUUGCCUUCUCCUGUGGGUUGAUGGCCUUGACGCUCAGCCUCGUGUAUGCGCUGCACAAGCUGCUGUUUGUAGUGUUGUUGGGUUUGUUGGUGUUUGUCAGCGUCGUUUGUCCUUGCUGGCUGAUAAGAAUCCAGGAGUACAAGUUUGAGAUCAAUGGUCCAUGGGAUGAAGCUAAGCUUUGUUUUGACAUAAGGGAUUAA